AUGGCAACUCUCUCACCAACAGUCUACCCCGACCCGCUCAUCAUCCCACCCUCAAGCGGCCACCACAAAGCCUCCAUCAUCAUCCUCCACGGCCGCGGCUCCAACGCCGCCGCCUUCGCCGACCCGCUCCUCCUCCUCUCCACCACCGACCACGGUACCCUCCAAACCGCCUUCCCCGACGCAAAACUCAUCUUCCCCAUCGCCCCGCGCUCCCUCGUCCGAAGAUCGAAGAAAGCGAGCAUGAAUCAGUGGUUUGACUUCUGGUCUCUUGCGGAUCCUGAAUCGAGACCGGAGAUUCAGGUUCAGGGGUUGAGGGAGACGGUGAGGUUUUUACAUGGGUUGAUCACGGAGGAGAGUGGGGUUGUUGGGAUAGGGAAUGUGGUUCUUUGGGGGAUGAGUCAGGGGGCUGCGGCGGGACUUGUGGCGAUGUUGUUGUGGCAGGGGGAGGGUAUUGGGGCGUUUGUGGGGAUGUGUGGAUGGUUGCCGCUGAGGGGGGAGAUGGAAGGGGUUGUCAUGGAGGAUGAGCUUGAAGAUGGGAGCAAGAAGAGCGGGUUAAGCAAGGUCAUCUCUCGUCUGCGCGAGAUGCUUGAUCUCCCGUCAGAGUCGGAUCGUCGCGAGAGUCUCGAUGUACCGGUGUUCAUUGGGCAUGGUGAGGAUGAUGGGACGGUGUCGGUGCGCCUGGCGCGGGAGGCUGCAUCACUGCUCGAGAGGGUGGGAGUUGAGGUUGAGUGUCGUAUGUACCCUGGGCUGGAUCAUUGGUAUUCGGAGGAGAUGUUGAGCGAUAUCAUCGGCUUCGUCAAAGACCGCGUGAAGAUGAGGGAGGUGACUUCGAUGUAA